GGAAAAACUGGGGGAGGAGUGCAAAAGGGAAAUCCUGUUUUCUCGCAGGCACUACACAACACGACACUCGCGACGAGCCAAACUCAGAUAUUCAGAAUCAAAAUCAGUUGUAAAAAAAAAAAAAAAAAAAAAUGGAAGACAAAGGAAACCAAAACCAAAAUCAAAACCAAAAUCAAAAUCAAAACCAAAAUCAAAAGGCAAUUCCAAACCCUAAUCGGGGCUCAGCAGGAUUCACGGGAAAGUCAUGCAAAGGAUGCCUCUACUACUCCUCUCUCCAGAAAUCCAAAUCCAAGAAUCCCACUUGCAUUGGCUUAUCCCGUACUCUCCACCAAGUACCUGGAUAUAUCGUGGGAGAAACUGAAUUGGAAGCUUCUAAAGAGGGCCGCAGCUUUACAGAUUUCAAGUAUGCUUGUGUGGGCUACUCGGUGUACUUGGACAAAAAAGAUUCUUCAUCAAAUGAACCGCAGAACACACAAGCAGAAUUGCCGUUUUGUGUAGGCCUUGAGGUAUUGUUGGACAAAAGGCCUGAUGGCCAUACACAUUCUCCCGCUCCCGCUCCUGCUCCUACUCAUGUUCAUAAAAGUGAAGAAAAUGUCCGUCCUAGUUCUCUUCCUCAACCUCCACCUCGGACCUAUAAACCCCUGCAUUCUGCAGGAGAGGAAUACCUAAACAGGUUUAAGAGGAAUGCGUUCCUAGUAGCCUCGGGUGUGGCUAGGAAUGUGAAUCGGGUGUGCAACCACAUAAAAGAGAGUUUGGAUGACAUUCUAUAUCCAUAUCGGAGACGGCCCAAGUAAAGAGUUCUUAUUGCAGUUGUAAUGUAAAAGGGAAAAAAGAAAUGCAGAAGCUUAGUACCAGAAGUGGCAUUUUCUACUUAUGAAUUUUCAUUAAAUUUGCUUUUGUCGCUCUCGCUUCGUGUAUUAAGAAAUAAUGCUUUUCUGGAGCGGCAGCUCUCUUUUUUGCUGGAUUUCGUAACAAUGGGUUUAUAUGGUUUCAUUAAUCCUACAGGUUAUUUGUUUACUUCUUUUAAAAUUGUUGAUU